CUCGCGGUUCAGUCGCUCGCUAGCUACGAGAUUGGGUAGAUUAAUUUUAUUGUGUAUAAUCGCUUUCAGCAUUCGCGAGACAAAUCAAAUUGUGUCCAAGGUGAAAAGAGACUCGUUUCGUGUUUCGCAUCCUUCCCGAAUUUGUCUAACUGCUCCCUUAUAAACCUUCGGUAAUCUUAAGAAGACUCGGUAAGAGACGAACAAGAGUGUGAAAGAGAGGGAGAGUGAUUCGAGUGUGCCGACUGUGAUACACUUAGCCGCGUAGAUAGCCGCUCUGUGAUAUACGCGUACACACAUGGAUAUUUCGAUACCUCUAGACUUUUCUUGUAUGGACAUGAAAAGCUGAAUAGAAAUAUUCGAGCUUUUAAUAUUAUUAAUUACGGAUCCUACUUAUGUGCAAAGAUAAAUGGAAAAUUCAUGGAAGAUAUUGGAUAUGGAUAUAUAAAUAAAUACGUACAAGAUAGUGCAAACGAAAGAAGACGGAGAUAAGAAGGACACGGAGAGGGACGGAGAGAGAUAGAGAAGAGUAGCGGAAGAAAAGAUACACGUGCGCGUGGUCGGUGUCUCGAGGAUACCUGUGGAUGCCAAACUGGAGUUGCGACGUAUUAGGGCGCGGAUUUCUGUCCGAUGACCGCCGAGGAGAUUCAUUUCGAUUCACUAACAGAUCUCCAGCAUUGAUAUUACGCCGCAUUAGACGGUUUAUCAGCUAAGCUACAAUUGAGAACAUACCGUUAAGCAAAUUAUCUAAAUCGACAUCCGCGCCAUUUGGGGGACUUUAACAUACAAGAUCAGCAGAAAAAAGGGUAGAAAGCAUACGCAUAGAACGUGUUAUGAAAUUGUUGCCGUCGAUUCAGCUGCCGCAAUUACCGCCGGUUUCGGCCGGGGGUGGAAUGACGGGAAUGGACUCUCGGCUACCACCCGCUUCAGACCCACGACUGUGGUCCCGCGAGGAUGUGACGACGUUUCUUCGAUGGGCUGAACGGGAGUUCGAUCUACCCCAAUUCGAUAUGGACAUGUUUCAAAUGAAUGGUAAGGCGCUCUGCUUACUAACAAAGGCGGAUUUGGGAGAAAGAUGUCCUGGCGCUGGUGACGUGUUGCACAAUGUGCUCUCGAUGCUGGCCAGAGACUUUAACCAGCUUCAGAGGUGUCUUCCCAGUAGUCCGGUCACUCCCACAAGACCCUCCGCGUACCCCCUCAGUCCUCAUUCGCAUCCACCAACCCCGACAUGGACAGAGAACCCGUACACCGCGAAUCUUGCAUCGUUAAUGUCCGCGAAUUCGGUCACGCUAUCUCCGGCACCCUCGGUCGACAGUCAAGCAGGAUCUCCAGGACAUACGGAAGGUGCACAGAGCCAGGUUUACAAGAGCGAUUCAGACGAGGAUAAUCAACAAGGAACUACUGGAAGUCCCCCAGCCACGCCCACUGCUCUUGCAGCACAAAGGUUAAGCGAAGUUUGCGUCAAGGAUCAACCGAGUCCUACGUUAACGCAACCGAUGAUGCCUCUGACGCCCGGUGCCUUCAGAACGAACCCUGCCAACGCCGCGAGAGAAUUUUUCCCGAGUGAUUCCCCAGAACCUAAUACAAAUGGUAGACUUUUAUGGGAUUUUCUUCAACAACUUUUAAAUGACCCCUCACAACGAUAUACACAUUACAUCGCAUGGAAAAGUAGGGAAACGGGAGUAUUCAAAAUCGUUGAUCCUCCUGGACUUGCAAGGCUCUGGGGCAUUCAAAAGAAUCAUCUUUCAAUGAAUUACGAUAAAAUGAGCAGAGCUCUACGAUAUUAUUAUCGAGUAAAUAUUUUGCGAAAAGUUCAAGGAGAACGACAUUGUUACCAAUUUCUGCGAAACCCAACGGAGCUGAAGAACAUAAAGAACAUAUCUCAGCUGCGUCAGCAAAUGCGGAUAAAGUCAGAACCGGAAGAAGAAGGCGGAAGUGGUGUCGAGCCGGAAAUCGAUAUGCCAACAGACCUUUCGAUGUCUAGUAUGAGUCAGCCAUCCAGUGAGCAACAACAACAACAACAACAACCUCUAUCUCUUCUCGAUCCACCUGUAAAAUAUAGAAGUCAUGCGUACAAUCUCGUAAAAACCAAUCAAGAAUCGGAAGAGCAAAAGUGACGUGAAACAUAGCACUAAUGUGACUGUCCGUUUUAAAAGCUGAUAAAAUUAACAUAUUUUGUGUUAUGCACAUACUUGUUAUUUGAUUCGAAACAGUCAGUUUCGAAAUAAUGCGAAGAGAUUUACUUUUAGCUAUAUGUCAAGUAUAUUGACAAAAUUGUUGACAGAAUGUUCGUUUUUGGAAUAAUACAUUUCUAGGGAUAUUUGCUGCCGUUUAAGAAUCACUAGAUCAUCAACGCCACUGUUCAAACAAUAAAGCUUGCGAGAAAAUUGUUAGGUUAUAAAUUAGCAAUUAUCGUAUCAUCAACGUGUCUCCGGAACUAAUAUAUGAUAAAAGACUGACAAAUAAAAUAUUGUGCGAGUUAUGUAUCAAAAUAUACAAGCUAUGAAGAAAAUUUUGAAAGCAACAUUGUGUAAUGUCGAUGGUAAGUUGAUUUGCCUUGAAUCACAAAAUUAAUUAUUAGUACUACAUCAUAAUGCUUAUCUGGUUCAUGGUUUGUCAACUUUAUUUCGAUAUUCGACCGCAACUUCGAAAACGUCCACCGAUUUUAAGUCGGCUCGAAGAUCGAGCAAUCAACAAGCGGUUCAUCGAUUUCCACGCGUUUCAAAUAGAUAAUUGGCUGUUCAGAAUCUUGUUAAAGAGUGUCAGGAGCCAAUUGUGCUACAAUUGUGGAGGACGCUUCGAUGAAGCUGAACUUUCGCGGAUAUUCCGCCGUUUGUUUUCCAUCCUUCGUGUUAACACACGUACGCGAGUGUGAAACGUUUCUCGCUUCUACAACGAACUACUUUAGAAAUGCUUAUAGAGCGUUAUCGACGAACGUACAAAACGGUGUUCGGGAAACGAUCGAAAUAUUUUAUUCCAAAGUUAUUCUGUGAUGUAAACUUUAGCUUGAAAGUAAAUUUCUCGGAGUAACAUAUACUUAGUUGUAACUAGAGAUUGAAUUUAUCAAACAUUUUUUUAUUUGAACAAAAGAACUUGUUAUGAAAGAUUUUUAUGUAAGAUUAAUAAUUAUAUGUAAUAUAUAAUUCGAUCCUUUAAAGAGGAUAUGCGAUCCAUUUUGUAAAUAUUUAAAUUCGAUGAAAUUUCAAAGUUGGUUUCCCGUUGCACCGACUCAGUUGUGCCAAUCUAAUCGUCGGUAAUAAAUAUAUAUGCGCGUUUAGUUUAGCGUUCUGUAUACAAAGAAACAAAGGGAAAAAAUGUAUCUAUCGUUUUGAAAUAAUUGAAACGAUAUUGAUGAUCGUUUACAUCCCUAAAUCGUAGAUACGUGUAAAUAAGUUGACAAGCUAUUAAAAAAAAAAAGAUAUAAUGAACUCAAUUAAACAAAAAAAAAAAAAAAAAAAUGCGAGAGUUUUAAGGAAUUCGGGGCCAGAGUUAUAUAUAUACAUAUAUAUGAAUAUAAAUUUAUGUAUAAAUAAAUCUCUAUAUAUAUUAUAUAUAUAUAUAUAUUUUACUACCGAAGAGAAAUUUAUAUUCAAAAUUUCUACGUUCGUUGUCGAUGCGAUUGUGGCUCACAUUCCUCGCCAACGGAUCCUAGAUUUUAAAGAAAUAAAAAAGAAAUAAAAAUGAAAUGUCACUAGGGACCGAAGGCGCGUGUAUGAUUAGAAACUGGUCUUAAGAUCGUAUUUUUACUAAAGACUCACACACACGAGACAGAAAGUAUGAAAAAAUUCUUAUCAUGAAUGAAUCAAUGUACGUAUAAUAUGUGAGAAUAUGUGAGAAUGUGUGUGUGCAAGAGUAAGAGAGAGAAAGACAAAUAGAAGUCUGCGAAAAUGAAAAGUGCAUUAGCAGCAAGAGAUUUAUAAAUAAAAAAAAAAGUUGUAUUUGGCUAUUUGUAUACUGUGAUCUCCGUGAAGUUUUUAUCAUAAAAAUACAUAAAAAACAAUCGUGUACAUAAUUUUCAUGAGAGAACAAUUUAUAUUAGUGAUAAAUAUAUUAAAAUACACAUACACAAAUUGUGUUCUUAAAACAACCCAAAUUUUGAUCGUAAGAUUUGGUAUUUCUCUGUACACACUUUAAUACAUUUAACGGGUGAUUGUAUUUAAAAAUUAUUUAUUCGUAAGUAUUAGACUUGCGUAUCAAUCUAUAGAAGUUAUACAUGUGUUACAUGAAAAAAUUAAUGUUUUAAAAAAAAAUAAGCCCUACAAAACAAAAAGUGAUGUUUCAAUCUUAAUUACCAUUUUAGUUCAGAUUAUCAUAUAUCUAUAGAAAUUUACAUGUAUGUGUAUCAUACAUGUAAUGUAGAAUUUUUAAAGCCAUUACAUAGUCAAGAAUUUUUUUUAUUUCCUAGCAUUUACAAACUUUCUUUCCGAUUUAUCAAAAAAAAAAAAA